CAAAUUAGACAAAAUGUCAAAAUAAUGAAGUAAAAUGUCUAAAUUGUAAAUAAAUCUGCGAAUUUGUUUUGAACUCCUAUUCGCGGAAAUAUUUUCCAAAUUUCAGUUCAAAUUCGUCCUUUAAAUUUAUAGUUUUUGAUUUUACUUUGGUAAGAAAGGAAAUGGCAAAGCCAAAAACAGCGUGCCUAGAUGACAUUGUCAAGCCAUCAGGAAGUACUUUCUCGUUUGAUAUAGAUGAGCUUUCUGUGCUCAGUUGUCUAGCCCAGAGCAACGAAUAUGUUGCAUCUAUAUUAACUGACCUCUCAAAGGUCGAUAGUGAAGAUAUUUUAGAGUUAAGUCUUUGUUUAGAGCAUCAUGUUUCGAGUAGUCUGUUAUCAGGAAGUGGAUUCCAUCGGCCACCUGAGGAUGCUGGAAUCGAAAUAUUUUUUCAAACGGAAGAACAAAAAACUCUGUUGGAAAAAUAUAAUGAAGAAUGUAAUAAAUACCUACUGGCUCCAGUAGCGGCAGUUCAACGCUGUCUUGAGGGAGGUCUCGUCGCGGACAAAGAAAUCCGACUGAACUUAAAGAAUUAUGGUCUUGACUCACUUGGCAUUUAUUUGAUUUCCCAAGUAAUGACUGGCCCACCUGUAGUACCUAUAACCCAUCUGGACUUGAGCAACAGCACUUUGGAAUAUAUUGGAUGCGUAGCUCUCACCGAGUGGCUUCAGCAGACCUCUAGUUUGACACACCUGAAUCUUUCAGGGUGUCCUCUCGGCAAGAAAGGAGCAGAAAUACUUUAUGAUGGUAUUGAGAUAUCCCAAAGCCUUACAAACCUUAAUCUGUCGAAGUGCCAACUGAGUGAUUCGGGCGGCGCCUUAGUUGUUAAAGCAAUAACAUAUAAUGAAAAUUGUAAGGCUGUGGACAUAAGUUUCAAUUCCCUCGCACAUCUAACUGUAGCCGAAAUAAUGAUCCUCUUCAAAGAAAACCGCACCCUGGAUUCGCUUAAUCUCAAAUGGAAUGAGUUCAUCAUUGAACAUGAAACCAUAAUCCCAUUGUUCAAGGCACUAAGAUUAAAUGAGAAUUUGAAGGACCUGAACUUAUCCUGGAACGGAAUCUCAGGGAAGGGUUUCGCAAGAUUUAUGUUGCGAGCAGUGAAAGCCCAUCCAACAUUACAGAAAUUAGACCUGUCUAACAACAGAAUAUCACAACUUCAACUGAAAAGCAUCAUCAAACUAAUAAAAAUAUCGUCGUCCCUUCAGGAACUUUAUCUAGGCGGUAAUAUUUGGUCAGGAGCAGAUUUAUUCGAUCUAAUUAAAAGUGUAACGGGAGAAGUAACUUUAAAAUUACUUGAUCUUGGUGAAUUCACCUGGAUACCACAGAGUGCAUACAUUUUAGCAAAGCAGAUUAUAGAAUCUAAGCCAGAUUUGAAGAUAAUCUUCAAAGGACAAAUUCUGCCGAAUCCACCAGACCCUGUUGACUUCAAAGCUAUCAUCAUAGAUCGCGCCAAGUAUCUAGCAAUGGCACCGAAGAAGAAGAAACUAAAACGUGAUAUGGGACACUUCAUGAUUAAUGCGAUGGACGCAGAGAAGACUCACUAUCGAAAAGAAUCAUUUGAAGAUUUACUGAAGAAAUUCAAAGCGAAGCUGGAUAGUGAUCUCGUUGGUCAUCUAGGUGGUGAGUUCACGGAGAAGAUUCGUUUGGCAAAGAAGCGGACGGGCAAGCGAAUUGCAUUGAAGGAGUUGGCGAAAGCAUAUUUGGACAGGCAUCCAACUGAGAGACCACCGCCUCCUCCACCGAAAAAGAAACGAGGGAAGAAAGGGAAAAAGGGGAAAAAGACAAAAUAGAAGAGAUUACGUCCUAGUCAAUGUAAAAUUUUCGUAGUGGGCUGUAGUUCAGUAUAUGAAUGUUAGAAAAUU